AGGCAGAGCAGACGGCAGCGAGUUUGGGGGCGGCGGAGCACGACGCAUUAUUGCUGCAUGGAGACAUGGAGCAGGCGGACCGCAACCAGGUCAUCACGGCCUUCCGCCGCCGCGACAACGAUAUACUUGUCGCCACCGACGUAGCCGCGCGCGGUCUGGACAUCCCACACAUCCGCACCGUCAUCAACUACACGGUAGCACGUGACAUCGAUACUCACACGCAUCGCGUGGGCCGCGUGGGCCGCGCCGGCGUGCGCGGCGACGCCUACACGCUGCUCGACCGCCACCGCGACCGCGACUUCGCUGGGCACUUGCUGAGGAAUUUGGAGGGCGCACAGCAGGAGGUGCCAGAGGAACUUCUAAACCUGGCGAUGCAGUCAGCAUGGUUCCGCAAGUCGCGUUUCAAGAAGGGCAAGGGCAAGAACCUCAACGUCGGCGGCUGCGGCCUAGGGUACAAAGAGCGGCCAGGCCUGCCGCAGCACAACGACGACGCGCCCAGCGCGCCCGCCGGGGGGCCCGCCGAGCGGCCUGCCGGGGGGCCCGCCACCGACCGCCUGGCCUCGCUCAAGCAGGCCUUCCGCUCGCAGUAUAACCAGUUCACGGCGUCGUCCGACCACUCGUGGGAGCAGACGCUGCAGUCGAUCCAGCCCGGGGUCAACGCCCCCGCCGCGCCCGACGACCGCGCCGAGCGCGUGCGCAAGAGUGGCAAGCGCAGCCGCUGGGAAUAGUUAUAGCAUAACAAGUCACGAUGUUUUGUUUUGGACUUUAAUUACUAGGCAAUAAAGUUGAAAAUUGUGUGUUAA